UCCUUUUCUUUCCUCCAGCUUCCGGUUCAGCUGGUCCGUCGGACAAAUAGCUCCGCAAGCAAAUGUAGAAGAGGAGGCAGGGGUUAUGGCAACAAUGAUAGAAGAAAAUGGUCCUUCGACUCAUGAGCAGUCUGAAGUGUCUACAUCGUCCCAGGCAAGGCAGAAACUAGAGGGACUCCUGAACAAAAACAUGAGGAUCCGCAUGACAGACGGGCGGACCCUGGUGGGGCUUUUCCUGUGCACAGACAGAGACUGCAAUGUCAUCCUCGGAUCAGCUCAGGAGUUCCUCAAAUCAACAGACACAUUCUCCCAGGGCGAACCCAGAGUGUUGGGCCUGGCCAUGAUCCCUGGUCACCACGUGGUAUCCAUCGAGGUAGAGGCAGACAGCCUGGAAGACACACAAGGAUUUGGAGCUAACCAUUGAUGAAGCUUUGCCCGUAUGGACACCACUCAGCGCUCAGUGUGACUGUCUCUCAGUGAGCCGGCUUUAUGGCUACGGCUGACCUCAGAAGUGGAGUGUGGACAUCUUUGUCGGAGGAUCAGUCACUUCACCUCUACAGAUGCAAAUAAAGAACUCCUGUGUCAGUAUUCUGGAUUUAGCCAUUUCCUCUGCGCUUGAAGAUAUGUCCAUUUGCAGUGCCAACUGUAAAACAUGUGCGCCAUGUGUGUUUAUGGGCAAAACUGCAGCUACUUGGAUGUGUGUGGAAAUGUCUUUGUUUCACGAUGUUUUAAAAUAUAUCGCUGUAUUUGAAA